CCACCGCCUCACUCGCACACGCACACGCACACGACGCCGCGCGCUCCGCUCUGCAGUGAUCGAUCGCUCUCCACCCGCGCGCCGCGCCUCGCCGAACCACCGACGCGCGAUCGUGCUUCCAUGGCGCCGCCGGCGACGAUGGCCACACGGCCGCGCAAGCAGAAGCAGAAGCAGAAGCAGCGGGAGGGUGGACUCCUCGCCGCGCUGUCGACCUUCGUCGUCCUGCUGGUGCUCGUCUUCCUCCACGCUGGGGGCGUCGCGGCGGCGGUGCAGGGGCUGGCGUUCCACGUCAGCGGGCCGCGCGGGUGGCGCGUCCCCGACGCCAACACCAGCUACGGGUGGUGGGCGAUGAACAACCGCUUCCACGUCGGCGACUCCCUCUACUUCAAGUACGGCGGCGGCGACUCUGUGCUGGUCGUCGACCGCGAGGCGUUCGACGGCUGCAACGCAACGGAGCCCCUCGCCAGCUUCACCGACGGCGCCACCACCGUGCGCCUCGACCGCCCGGGGUUCUUCUGCUUCAUCAGCGGCGCGCCGGGCCACUGCGAGGAGGGGCAGAAGCUCGUCGUCCGCGUCAUGGUGCACCCGCCGGAGGACGCCGCGUCCCCCGCGCGCGGCCCGGCCCUCCCGCCGGCGACGUCUCAGCCUGGCCACGGCGGCUCUGGCUCCGGCUCCGGCGCGCGCUCCGGUCCACCCGGCGCGUCGUCCGGCGCAGCCGCGGUUGCCGCCGGCGCCGCCCUAGCGGCGGCGACGGCUGUCCUCGUUGGUCUCGCCCUGCUGCUUCCGUGAUCAGUUUGCAUGCAUGCAAGCUCAUAGUUUAAUUGUCAUUUAGGCUGCUUUGUUUGAUGUUUAUUCGUCUCAUUAAGAACUUGAUUAUUGUGUCAAAUAGGUUAAGUACGUUGUUUAUUACCGUCUAAUCAUUCAGUGGCAUGCAAAAUGAAUAUUAUUGCACGCAUAACGCAUUGUGUUAAUUCCUCGCUGCCUCUUUCA